UAGCGUCAAAACUCCGCAUACCUGUUUCCCAUCCCCUACGAAUAACACAGCUGAGCCAAAGCUCAAACGGAGACGUGAAAUGAAAAGCUUACGUGACAAGCGAUAAUAUUCUUUUCUAGAAUACCUUUGAUAUGUUCAAGGUACAAUAUGUGAUUAUCGCGUGUAUAUUUUUGUUGAAUGCUAUGUUCGAAACGGCUUCUAUAGUUAAGAGGAGUUAUUCCGACCGAUCUGUGAGGGGAUAUGUUACUGAGAGAACUUGUUGGUGGAACGAAGUUUGUAAGGAGGAAUUUCAAACGUUAUUCAGAUGCAAAUGCCCCUCAUGGUCUUACUGCCGCAGUCCCGGGAGAUAUUACAAUGCAGUUUGUUCUAUGACGGAAACCGGUUACAUAUGGGCCCAGCCAAACUCACAAUGGCGAGGACAAUAAUACAAUAAUUCUUUUACAAUACGCGCACCAAAAUUUUCCUAGCAUUCCAAAUUGUAGUCACUCAAAACAUGUUUCCAAACGUGCCGAUCAAUGUGCUGAGACUGAUACCGUAGGAGAGGAAAUAAAAUUUCAACAUCUAUUUUCAUAUUUAGCACUAAGUUAUUUUACUUCCAUUUACGAUGGAAGAUAAGCAUUUUGUCUUGAGCCACUGUUUUUCAAUUUAUCCUUAAAUAAACACGAUAUAAAACUGUA